AGAGGCGCCUCCCUCUCCAGCCCGCCUUGUUCCUACUACGCCCGCCGCUCUGGCGAGGCAGGCAGUGCAAUGGAAGGAAGUUGGAGCCGCGCAGUACAAGGGCUGACUGAGCUGAAGAGUUUCCUCCAUCUAAACCACAAAGAAGAAAGUUGUCCGAAAGCAGCAGCAGCAGUUGAGGCAGCCAAUGCCGAGACUUUGCUACCAGCUGAGAGAGAGUUUCAGCAUGCUGCUAAAACUAAUAAUCUGGACACCAUGGAAAGACUAUUUAGGAAAAAUGUUAAUAUUAAUGCUGUAAAUAAUUUGAAUCGCACAGCACUCCAUUUUGCUGUAGCUGGAAAUCAUAUCUCUUCAGUGGACUUCCUUCUUCAUCACAAGGCUAGAGUCGACAUAGCAGACAAGCAUGGACUUACAGCAGUUCAUCUUGCUGCUUGGUCUGGAAAUCUGGACAUCAUGCUGCUGUUAAUUAAAGCCGGUGCUGAUCAGAAAGCUAAGAACCAGGAAGGAAGGAAUGUCCUGCACUUUGCAGCUCAGAACAAUAAUGUUAGAAUAGUGGACUAUUUUAUCCAAGACCUUCAUUUGAUGGAUCUUAAUCAACCUGAUCAGAAAGGUAAAAAGCCGUUCCUUCUGGCAGCUGAAAUGGGCCAUGUGGAAAUGAUAAAUGAGUUGAUUUUCCUUAACUUUUUCACUUCAGAAAAGGACAAUCAAGGAAACACUGCAUUGCAUCUAGCUGCUAAACAUGGCCACAGUGAGGUGGUGGAAAUUCUCCUUCAACAGUGGGAAGAAGUAAAUGAGUUCAAUCAGAAUGAAGAAAUACCAUUUUUUCUGGCUGUUGAAGGGGGUCAUGAAAAGUGUGCAGAACUCUUGCUGGAAGCAGGAAGUGAUAUCAAUACGUCAAACAAAGACAAUAUUAGUGCUCUGCAUCUUGCAACUGAGAAUGGACAUACAUCCAUGGUUGCAUUUCUUAUCAGUAAAAAUAUACAUCUUGGUCCUAAACCUGAGCAAAAACAUUCUGCACUCCAUUUAGCCAUCACAAAAAAUAACCUGGACGUGGUAAACAAUUUAAUAGAUUCUAGCCAUGACAUAAAUGCUCUCAAUCAGAGACAUCAAACACCUCUGCACGUGGCAGCAGACCUUGGAAAUGUGGAAGUAACAGAAACACUUUUGAAGGCAGGGUGUGAUCUCAGCAUUGUGGAUCAACAAGGAAAAACUGCACUAGCUGUGGCUUCUAGGAGCAAUCAUGCCUUGAUUGUGGAUAUGAUUAUAAAAGCCGAGAGGUAUUUCAAGUGGAAACAGGAGUAUCUCCAAAGUGGUGGUAAUCUGCCUGAUGAGACCCUGUCUUUUAAACAAGAUCACAGAAUAGAGACCAAACAGAUCCGCUCCUCCCUCUGGAAUCUGUCUUACAACUUGUUAAAAAUGCAGGAAUGGAAAAAAGUUGCACAGUUCUGGCAAUUUACAGAUGACCAAACCAAAGCUAUUGAAGAACAGUGGACAGGGAAAAAGAGCUACAAGGAACAUGGACAUAGGAUGUUUCUGAUCUGGUUACAUGGUGUCCUAAUGGCUGGUCAGAAUCCAGUUAAACAUUUAUAUGAAGAUCUGAGGAGAGGGGGAUUCCCACAACUUUCUGAGAAGAUACGAGCAGAGAAUAAUGCUGGUGUAGAAUCCAAAAAAUGUGCAAUAUUAUGAGCUCACCCGCAGAAGAGAGCUUGAAGCCAUGCUCUAGAAUAAUUUGCAAAUGAAACAGUUUAUUAGCUGCAAGCAGCCCACACUCCUCCUGUACCUAAACUGUUGUAAGAGAAACUUUAUAGUUCAAACACUUUUCUUCCAAUCUACUGCACCUUAAUUUUAUAUGUAUUUGUGGUACAAACACAAUUCAGAUUUUCCAUCUGGGUCCAAUUGAUUCAGGAACCAAAAAGGUUAACUAAGUAAACCAAUGUAGGGCCAAUAAUUUAAAAAUAAAAAUAAAUAAAUAAAUAAAUAUUUUUUAUUUAUACCCCGCCCUCCCUGCCAAGGCAGGCUCAGGGCGGCUAUGUAAAACCUAAAUAUUAUGAGGAAUUCACGUAUUAUCAAAUGGGUUAAAAACAUUUAUGGGCUCAACAGUGCACAUUAUCUAUGGUACAUUGGCUCUAAUCAGUAGUCUGCACCUGUACUCUCUGGACCAAGACUGGAAGGCAUGCAGUAAGAAACAUCACUCUGCAUGUAUCCAAUUGACUAAGAUCAAGGCCAGUUUUAAGGAGGCCUCACAAGCAUUCUUCUGCCUUAUGAUACCUAUUAUUUGAUUUUUAAAACUCCUUUCUUGGUCCUAUAUCAAUUUUUAAUUGUUGGCCCUACCUUGGUUUGCAGUUAACCUUUUCGGUUCUUAAUUUAACUCUUUCAGUUAAGCCCCCCCCCCCCCCCCUUUUCAUUUCCAGUUGUUUUUGGCCAGAUAGAUAUAGAAUGUUCUCUCUUCCCUUACUAAGUUUCUCUGAUGAGUAACUACCUCAUGUUGAACAUGUGAAAUUAAAUUAUAUUCUUUGUGUAUUAAAGAGAAAAAAUACUAUGGUAGUUUAAACUACAAGUUGUGAAUA